AUGACAAGCUCACCGAAAGUACAUCCUUAUAAGAGGCACUUAAUGCAAUCACAGCAUAUAAAUUUUGAUAACAGGAGUCCCGAAUUUCAAAAGAGUUCUUUGAACACAGACCAAGAUACCUCAGAAAAUAAAGAAAAUAGGCAAAACGAUGAUAAUAUAGAACAUAGCACUGCAAGUUUCGAUAAACAGUUGGCAAACCAAGUCCCCUCUAAGGAUCAUUUUAGAGCUGCGUCUGUACCUCUACUUCCAAAUGGUAAAGGCGGUAGUAUAGAGAAAGCUGGCUUUGCUCCUGUUCCACCACCACAGCUCCGUCUUCAUAAUUCAAAUAGUAAUUCUGUAAGUUCACUGGGGAGCACUCCAACUAAUUCUUCAUCACUAAGAGCAUUAAGACAGACAGAUUCGAGCACAUCUCUCACGAAGGAACAAAUAAAAAAAAGGACUCGUUCUGUAGAUUUGUCGCAUAUGUAUUUGCUGGAUGGUAGUAGUGAUACUCAACUAACUGCUACUAAUGAAUCAGUAGCAGACUUAUCUCACCAAAUGAUCAGUCGAUAUUUAGGUGGUAAGAAUAAUGCCUCCUUGGUGCCAAGACUAAAAACAAUAGAAAUGUAUAGGCAGAACGUCAAAAAGUCAAAAGAUCCUGAAGUAUUAUUUCAGUAUGCGCAAUAUAUGUUACAAACCGCUCUAACUAUUGAAUCUUCAAACGCUCUAGUUCAAGAUAGCGAUAAAGCGGGAAAUGUUAGUCAGUCAGAUCUUAAAAUCCAGUUCUUGAAGGAGGCACAGAGUUAUUUGAAGAAAUUGAGCAUAAAAGGUUAUUCAGAUGCACAAUAUUUGCUAGCAGACGGUUAUUCCUCCGGAGCAUUUGGAAAGAUUGAGAAUAAAGAAGCGUUUGCAUUAUUUCAGGCAGCCGCAAAGCAUGGUCAUAUAGAAAGUGCAUACAGAGCAUCACACUGCUUAGAAGAGGGGCUAGGAACAACAAGAGACUCUCGUAAAUCAGUAAAUUUUCUAAAGUUUGCGGCUAGCAGAAACCAUCCAUCGGCAAUGUAUAAAUUAGGGCUUUACUCUUUCUACGGUAGAAUGGGUCUCCCAUCUGAUGUUAAUACUAAAUUGAAUGGUGUGAAAUGGCUGUCAAGAGCUGCGGCAAGAGCUAACGAGUUGACGGCCGCUGCACCAUAUGAAUUAGCUAAAAUUUAUCACGAGGGAUUUUUAGAUGUUGUCAUUCCUGAUGAAAAAUACGCAAUGGAACUAUAUAUUCAAGCAGCAAGUUUGGGACAUGCUCCGUCAGCAACUUUGUUAGCACAAAUAUAUGAAACAGGUAACGAUACAGUGGGACAAGAUACCUCACUUUCGGUACAUUACUACACUCAAGCAGCAUUAAAGGGUGAUCCAGUAGCAAUGUUGGGAUUAUGCGCGUGGUACUUAUUAGGGGCAGAACCUGCUUUUGAAAAAGAUGAGAACGAGGCUUUCCAAUGGGCCUUGCGUGCAGCUAAUGCUGGUUUGCCAAAGGCCCAAUUUACCCUUGGUUACUUCUAUGAACACGGUAAAGGCUGUGAUCGUAACAUGGAAUACGCCUGGAAGUGGUACGAAAAAGCUGCAGGAAACGAUGACAAGAGAGCAGUUAAUAAGGUAGGCUCUAGAGAUGGUGGAAUGGCCAUCACCAGUAAAAAACAGCAUAAAAAAAAUAAAAGUGUUAGCACAUUGAAUUUAUUCUCUGCUGUGGAUAGUCAAACAAGUAACGGAGGAUCAAAUUCAAGAGUUUCUUCAAGAUCUGAAACUUUUUUCACUGAAAGCUCGAAACAUAAUAGUGAGCCGCAAGGUUUGCAAAUUAACAUGAAUUCAGGUACAAAUAAAAAUAGUACUAAAAUAGAUUCUAACGCAAGCAUCACGAAAAGCUCUCCAGCUCAUAGGAUGUCAAAGGAGGUUACUGAACAGUCAAUGGCGGUGAAUCAGGGUGUAAACUCAUCAAAUAUGGACGGCACAAAUGCUAACCGUAAAUAUGCGCCUGUACUUAAAACUGAGCCAAACAAAGCCAAGGACCCAAAGAACAAGAAGGACAAGCAAAGUAAAAAAAAAAAAGACUGUGUAAUUAUGUAA